AAAAUUGUUGUAAUGUCUGGCGUUCAAGAAACUUCGUGCAAGCUUUGCCUCAAAACUGUAACCGUAAAUGGUUUUGAGGUAAUAGACAACGUUACUAGAGAUAUUUUAGAUGUUCUUUUGCUGAAAUUGAAAUUUGAUAGCGAGGGCAAAGAGGUUAUAUGUAACGUCUGCAGAAGAAAGUUAAACGCAGCAUUCGAAUUUAAGGCAACUUGUCUGAAGACCGAUUACACAAUUAUUCCAUAUGUGAAUUGUGAAAAAAUGUUACAGCUCGAUAUAAGGGAUGUGUAUACGAAGGAAAAGACCAGCGAGUCAAUGGACAUUUCAGAUAGUCAGAAAAUAUGUCGAUUGUGUAUGGAGCCAGUAGAGAGUGAAUUUAGGUGCGUACGUGAAGAGGAACUUGAAGCUAUCGAGAAAUUGGCUCCUGAAAUGAAUAUAAACAUCAUCAAAGAUCCCGUGGUAUGUAAGGAAUGCUUUGAUUCUGUGUGCACCCACAACAGUUUCCUAAAAAAUUGCUGGGAAGUACAGGAAAAAAUUAAAGGUAUUUUUAAUAACGCAGCAACUGAAAGCCAGAUAGAUACGUCACCAUCCGAUUUAUUCGUUAAGACUGAAAACGAGGACAAAGAAUUCGAUAUCAACGAGAUGGAAAUGUCAAUCAAAGCUGAAAGUAUUGACAUAAAAUCGGAAGAUGAAGAAAGGAGCGACUCGCUACUGCAGAGCUCCGAUAGUGAAUCAUUCGAGAAGAGUGUCCUUAGAGAUGCAGAAGAGGAUAAAUGUAAACAUGAGAAUAGAUCGACAAACCAAUGUAAUAUGAAAGACAAGCAGGAUGACAAAGUAUUUUUCAAAUGUGAUAAAUGUAUUUACGAAACUGGAAGCGAGAGCCGUUUUAUAGCGCACCGUGCGAGACACGAGAACGAUUCGGAAGCAUAUAAAUGUGAAACUGAAAAUAAAAAAUUUUUUCAGAAGCACCAGCUGAGGCAUAAAGAUCCUUCGAAAACGCGUAUGCACCGAUGCGGAUCAUAUGGUUACAAGACAAGGCACAGGUGUGAGCUUGCUAAGAGUCAGGUGAAACACAAAAGCGCAUCUGAAGGACGAUUGUACAAUCACUUUUGCGAUUUCAAAACAAAGAGGAAAGUCAGUUUUAAUAGUCAUUAUAUAAAACACAAAAACUCAAACAAUCGUGUAGAAUGUGAUUAUAAAAUCAAAAACACCGCGUUACCGAAUAAGGACACUUUGCAACUGCACAUUUAUAAAUGCGAUGGUUGCACAUACCAAUCAAAGAAUAAGAGAGACUUUACCAGACAUCAGUUGAUAUAUAAAGAUCCUUCGCAGGUCAAAAUGUACGGGUGUUCAAAUGUACAGAUGUAA